AACUGCUUUCAACAUUAGCCCUUCCUCAGGGUACCCCUACCCUCCAGUGGAAGCAUUAACACGUGGGGCCUGGCCAAUCCACACGCUGAAUUUGCAACCUCCCGUUGUCUGAGAUUCGACUGCCCAAGCCCUUUGGGUGUAGAUAUGACAAUGAGGGGGCUACUCAAGUGACUUUUCUUAGUCCAUUUCGUCUCCUUUUCUGUCUCCCCAAGUUAUCGCAUAGGUCUCUUUCCUUCUCUUCCCAGACCCUUCCGCACAACCCCAAAGCUCCAAACCUCGUUCCUUCUCUAAAGUCUUCCAUUCACCACCACCCUCCGCAACCUAAGUCCCCUCCCGGUCACCACCAAAGCCCGGAGAAGUGGAACGCACACAAUGCCUCCCUUAUAGGGCUUGAGCUGGGAACUGGGCAUGCUCAGUAGCCAAAGCAGUUUUUUUUUCUUCUUUUGGUCGCAAGUGCGGCAUCUCCCUCAGUCCCACACCUCUCUUCCCUCUAUCCCUGUCCCCUCUCCCCAUCCCCCAGCCCCCUAAUCAACCCCGCUUAACCCGUUCCACACCGAAGGCUCGAAGAGUUCUGAGGUGAGGGCAAUUAACCCGUCCCCUAAUCCCACGAAACAGUCUCACUUUGGGCUAAAGCUUCACACUUUUGCCUUAAAGCCCCCAGCCCCUUCCGCGCAGACAGGUAGGAGGAGUGCGAAUACUACUGGCUCCCAGGAAACUGGUCCCAAGGAGCCUCCUGCAGGAUCGCCCGCUACCGAAGAAGUAUUCUCGGAACCCUCUGUUCUGCGGGGUGACAAUUAGCCAAAGAUUAUUUCUCUUUAUUCAGAAGCAUAACAUUGUUUGCUGAUUGCAAGAAGAUGUUUCUUUGGCUCUUUCUGAUUUUGUCAGCCCUGAUUUCUUCAACAAAUGCAGAUUCUGACAUAUCGGUGGAGAUUUGCAAUGUGUGUUCCUGCGUGUCCGUUGAGAAUGUGCUCUAUGUCAACUGUGAGAAGGUUUCCGUCUACAGGCCAAAUCAGCUGAAACCCCCUUGGUCUAAUUUUUAUCACCUCAAUUUCCAAAAUAAUUUUUUAAACAUCCUCUACCCAAAUACAUUCUUGAAUUUUUCACACGCAGUCUCCCUGCAGCUGGGAAAUAAUAAACUGCAGAACAUUGAGGGAGGAGCCUUCCUUGGGCUCAGUGCAUUAAAGCAGUUGCACUUGAACAACAAUGAAUUAAAGAUUCUCCGUGCUGACACUUUCCUUGGCAUUGAGAACUUGGAGUAUCUCCAGGCUGACUACAAUUUAAUCAAGUAUAUUGAACGAGGAGCCUUCAAUAAGCUCCACAAACUGAAAGUUCUCAUUCUUAAUGACAAUCUGAUUUCAUUCCUUCCUGAUAAUAUUUUCCGAUUCGCCUCUUUGACCCAUCUGGAUAUACGAGGGAACAGGAUCCAGAAGCUGCCCUAUAUCGGGGUCCUGGAACACAUAGGCCGUGUGGUCGAACUACAACUGGAAGAUAACCCUUGGAACUGUAGCUGUGAUCUGCUGCCUUUAAAAGCUUGGCUGGAGAAUAUGCCCUAUAACAUUUACAUAGGAGAGGCCAUCUGUGAAACUCCCAGCGACUUAUAUGGAAGGCUUUUGAAGGAAACCAACAAGCAGGAACUAUGCCCCAUGGGCACAGGCAGUGAUUUUGACGUGCGGAUCCUGCCUCCGUCUCAGCUGGAAAACAGCUACACCACUCCCAAUGGUCAUACUACCCAGACGUCCUUGCACAGAUUAGUGACCAAACCACCAAAAACGACAAACCCUUCCAAGAUCUCUGGCAUUGUGGCAGGCAAAGGCCUCUCCACGCGCAAUCUCAGCCAGAUUGUGUCUUACCAAACCAGGGUGCCUCCCCUGACACCUUGCCCGGCCCCUUGCUUCUGCAAAACCCAUCCUUCGGACCUGGGGCUGAGUGUCAACUGCCAAGAGAAAAACAUCCAGUCCAUGUCUGAACUGAUACCGAAACCUUUCAAUGCCAAGAAGCUGCAUGUCAAUGGCAACAGCAUCAAGGAUGUGGACAUCUCCGACUUUGCUGAGUUUGAGGGACUGGAUCUGCUUCAUUUAGGCAGCAAUCAGAUUGCAGCCAUCAAGGGAGACGUGUUCCACAACCUCACAAAUUUACGCAGGCUCUAUCUCAAUGGCAACCAGAUUGAAAGACUCUACCCAGAGAUUUUUUCAGGCCUCCAUAACCUACAGUAUCUGUACUUGGAAUACAACUUGAUUAAGGAAAUCUUAGCAGGCACCUUUGACUCCAUGCCAAAUUUGCAGCUCCUGUACUUAAACAAUAAUCUCUUAAAGAGCCUGCCAGUUUACAUCUUCUCUGGAGCCCCCCUGGCGAGACUGAACCUGAGGAACAACAAAUUCAUGUACCUCCCGGUCAGCGGGGUCCUGGAUCAGCUGCAGUCCCUUACACAGAUUGACUUGGAGGGCAACCCCUGGGACUGCACUUGUGACUUGGUGGCGUUAAAGCUCUGGCUGGAGAAGCUGAACGACGGGAUCGUCGUGAAAGAACUGAGGUGCGAGACCCCAGUGCAGUUUGCCAACAUCGAGCUGAAGUCCCUCAAAAAUGAAAUCUUAUGUCCCAAACUCCUAAACAAGCCAUCAGCGCCCUUCACGAGCCCCAUCCCUGCCGUGACAUUCACCACCCCGCUGGGGCCCAUCCGAAGUCCUCCCGGUGGUCCAGUGCCUCUGUCCAUUUUAAUCCUCAGCAUCUUAGUGGUCCUCAUCCUAACUGUGUUUGUUGCUUUCUGCCUCCUCGUUUUUGUGCUGAGACGAAACAAGAAACCUACCGUCAAGCACGAAGGCCUGGCGAACCCUGAGUGUGGCUCCAUGCAACUGCAGCUGAGGAAGCAUGAGCACAAAAGCAACAAAAAAGACGGACUGGCCACGGAAGCCUUCAUCCCACAAACCAUAGAACAGAUGAGCAAGAGCCACACCUGUGGCUUGAAAGAAUCCGAAACUGGGUUCAUGUUUGCAGAUCCUCCGGGACAGAAAGUCAUGAUGAGAAACGUUGCCGACAAGGAGAAAGAUUUGUUGCAUGUGGACACCAGGAAGAGACUGAGUACAAUCGAUGAGCUGGACGAGCUAUUCCCCAGCAGGGAUUCCAAUGUGUUUAUUCAGAAUUUUCUGGAAAGUAAAAAGGAGUACAAUAGCAUAGGCGUCAGCGGCUUCGAGAUCCGCUACCCAGAGAAACAACAAGACAAAAAAACCAAGAAGUCAUUGAUAGGGGGCAACCACAGUAAAAUUGUUGUGGAACAAAGGAAGAGCAGUGAGUAUUUUGAACUAAAGGCAAAACUCCAGAGUUCCCCCGACUACCUACAGGUCCUUGAGGAGCAGACAGCUUUGAACAAGAUCUAGGUCAUGCAAUCUUACUUCAUACAGAGGACAUUUAUUUAAUGAUGAAAGUGCCUUUUGUUGACUCCUAACUUCCAAAUACUAUAUUAUCAACAGGCAUAGAGGCAGGUGUUUCCAAGGCUGUCUCAUUAACUGUAGCUGCAAAGAUAUGUCCGGUAGAAGAGACUUUCCUUAAUAGAUUUUACUACAUAAAACCUAUACUGUGGAGUCCUGUGGGGAUACUGCAAACUCUAUUGCCAAAGGGAUGCUUUAUAUACAUAAUACACUGAAUUUAACCUCAAGAGGCAAAUCUGUUUUGUACCCCAGUGCAAAACCUUCGUCUCUUUGUGCUUUGUGAAAGCAAACUCAAGAAAACUGGUACUGGUGUUUGUACCACAGCUGGGUCCUUCAUCUUGCACGUAGAUUCAGUUGGUAGAACUGGAGUAAUCCUUUUGAUUUGUGGCAUUGUAACAACUCUGUGUAAAGAUUCUCUGAAAAGUAAAAAAAAAACAAAAAAAACAAAAAAACAAAACAAACAAAAAAAAAAGCAUGCAAAGAGAGAACAUUCGAUAGUAUUUGUAAAUCGGUAAACUUUAUGGCCUGCAUCUUGAAAACGCUGGAUUUAUAAUGUUAAAUUGUGCAGAUAUUUGUUGAAAAUAUACCAUGCAUUACAUAACUAUAAAAUAAAUUUGAACACUUUAAGCAUUAUCUGUCUAUAUGUAAAACCUAAAAGAGAAAAAAAAAUCAACGUGAGUUACAUAGCGUUUGUGGUGAUCUGAAGAAAUACGUGAUGUUUAUCAGAAUUAAACAUGGCUCAAAUUAAACUAACAUUAGAGUUUGUUCUCAGUUAUGUGAAAUACCCACAAUCCUUAAAGGUUGUCCAAAAUUAGCAAAGUGCUUACCGUGUGAGCGCACCCAAAGCUAUUUUUGUAACAUAAUUCAUAUUUAUGAAGUACUUUGUAUACUAAAUAGGAAAAUAUGUACUCCUUAAUAUGUAUUUAAUAUGCCUGACUUGUUUUCCUGAUCACAGGGAAUUUAUCAAUAAGUAUAAAUUUAGGCAGAAAAACAUAUACCAAACUGAAACUGAAGCUUAUGUGUACAGAAAUAUUCUGGACAUUGUGAUCAGGUAUCAUUUAAAAACAAAACAAAAAACCACAAAAAAACAAAAGUUACAAAAAAAAAAAAAACAGUUCUGUGCUAUUCUUGAGAACUUAGCAUAUUAUCUUCAGAUUUGUUACCAACUGUGCAUUUUAAAAUAGGUUCCUUAGUUUUAUAGUACCGUGUCUGGGGCAGUUGUUAUUUGCCAUCAUUGUCUUGCUUUUCAGGAUUCUAUGAGCUUAAUUCAAAUAGUUUUCACUGCAGAUAUUUAAAAAAUUAAUGAGUAAGGUUAAUAGUUAUCUCUCGUAUGCAUCACUAUCCUGUUCUUUCAUCAUUCUGACUACUAUCAGAUAACCGAGUAGAACAGUAUAAACAUCAUGGUCAUCGCGGCUCUCAAAGCCACACUGUAAAAUGCUUUCCUUGGUCUCAGAUGAGUUCACAGUCUGCAAGUACAAACAAUAUGCCAGUGUGUUUGCUUGUGCUGUUAACUUCUAAGUCAAAAUUGGUCAAAGGAAGGAAGCCCUAGAUAGUGGGAGAUACUUUCAUAUUUUUAGGUUCUCCCAACUAGUCAAGGGACAUCUCGAAACACAUUGCCUUCUUGGGCCGCCUGAAUAUGUCUAUUUUUUCUGCUCCAUCUCUUAUAAUUACUGAUCAGUAAUAUGACCAAGAAGGUAAGCAUUGGCAUUCUUCAUGAAUUUCAAAGGGCAGGUGUUUCGAUGCAGCUUCCAAAUUGGGAGUUUGGUGAAAGUUGUAAUAGCAGUCCCUUUAUUAAUGACUAAUUCCAGGGCUUUCUGUGUUUGUUGCAAGUAAAAAACAAACAAACAAACAACUUGGCAUUCUUGGAGGGGUGUGUGUGUGUGUGUGUGUGUGUGUGUGUGUGUGUGUGUAUACAUGUGUAUUUGAGUGUACAUGCAUACAUAUAGAUAAUUUGGAGAUUUUUUUUUAAUAGCAAAAAAGUUGUCUCCAUAUGUAUGUGCUGGUGCUCUUAAAACUUUAAUGUGUAAUUUUAAUUUUCCUGACAAUGUCUGUGAAAACUUUAUAUGACUAUUAAAAAAUAUAUAAACAACUACUUGCUUUCGGAUCUUGAAAGAAAAAUGUGAAGACGUGUGCCCAACAGCCUGUUUUCAUCUACAAUUUCACAAAGAACUUUUAAUAUGCCAUUACCAUGCUUUCGUGCAUCCGUGGAUUAAAGGGCUCCUAAUGCAUACUGACAGGAUAAAGACGUGAAGGCUUCAAAGAAAGUGUUUUAGUUUAUCCUGUCAAUAAAGUAUGGAUUGAGGAAUCUUAAUUAGACACUUAUGGGAGGAACCAGAAAGCUCCACCCAUGACUUGGGGAUAAUAGGCCAUUGGGGUGAUGACUUUUAUUCGGUGUGGUUAUGCUUUGGAAAUGUUUCAAGGUUUCUGUAGUUGUCAAUGGCAAGAGUGCCUGCCUCCAUCUCAAAGCUUGCUGUAGCAUAUUGGCUAUCUCAUACUCUUCUGCUGAAAGGUAUAAAUGUUCAACUUUUCAAAAAAAAAGUCAUUUAAAUGUACAUGGUUAUUUGGAGGUUCUACUUGUAAGUGAACCACAGUAACAAAUCCUUGAUUAAGGCUGGUAUAUUUUCCUUAACUGAAGUCGUUGUGCCUACAUUAUACACUGGAUACUAUUUUACACCUGUCUCUCAUUAGUUCUACUUGUGCAUUUUACCAUUGUGUAGUUAGGCAUAAGCUUUGAGUUGAGUACAAGAACAGUUAAAAUAUUGUUAUCUCCAUUUUGUUGAUUUCAAAGAUAACCUUGAUGUUAGUUUAACCCCUUGAGGAAUGAUGCAUAUGUCAGUGGAGCAUUUUUGGUAGAAUUUGAUUCAACUAUAGAAAAUCCCAGAAGUGCUCAUUUCUAAUGUGGUCUGACACAUCAUGGGCUUCUUGGCAUCGUACCCUAUGCUUGGACUCUGUUAGAAUGGUUACAAAGGAAAGGAGAGCAUAUGAAAUCAGUGAAGGGGUUGAGAUAAUAUAUUAUGUCUGUGUAAUAUAAAUCGAGUUUUAAAUUAUUUUUUUAUGAAAUCAAUAAAGAUGAUUCAAUUCUUUAAAAGUAAAUCUUUGUGUAAUUUUAUGAGAAAGCAGCUAUUAAAAUACAGUGAUUCAAGUCUAUAAGGCAAUUUAUAUGCUAUAUUUAGUUUUCCAUUCUGAAUAAUAAAGGGAAUAAAUAUAUUAAUUAGAAAAUCAUUUUAAGACCAGCUUUCUUUCGUUGCUUUUUAAAAACAUUGAAUUUCUUUAAGCCAUAAGGAUGCAUAAAUGAUACAGGGCAUGGCCUCAUGAGUAACAUCAACAGAUAUUGCAGAAAUAACAGAACACAUCUAGAAAUGUAUGGCAGUAAUGUUAAUCUAUAGUAUCUUUUGCAUGAUUUGUACAUUGACAUUGUAUGAAAUGAGCACAGUGAGUUAUUUUUUUUGUUAUUGUUCUCGCAUCCAAAGAGCUGGGGAGAAAAAUAUAUUAAGAAUGUAUUUAUAAUCACUAUUUUGAAAUAAAGUAAAGAAAACACAUUGUAUUGUUUUUACCCUGAUUUAAUUAUUAGUAUUUAGGUUAGUUUAUGAGACAAGAAAAUCAAGUAAUGCUAUAAAGGCUAAUGUAAAUCACAGAAAGGAACUGUUUUAACGACUUUGUUUGCUUUUAAUAACAUCAAGGUAUUAGAGAGACUUUAUUAAAUGCCAUUUUUAUGAAAGUGUUAAUAAAAUUGUUUGCUACAA